GUGAGCGAGCCCGGAUGUUGCGUCAUGCAGUUGCACUGACGGCUAGCAGCUAGUGAACUGCUCGCUGGGUGAGGACGCUGAUCUUCUUCUUUUCCUCCUUCAUGUGGCUCCAUGUUGCUGCUGCAGUGAAGAAGAAGCUCCGAGAAGCUUCUCGUGCACGCGCACAGGCUCCAUGGCGACGGAGGAGUUCUACGAGGUAAUGUGGAGAGGAUCGUGGACAAGAGGAAGAAUAAGAAGGGGAAGGUGGAGUACCUGGUCAGGUGGAGAGGUUACGGGUCAGAGGGAGACACCUGGGAGCCCGAGAGUCACCUGUCCACCUGUAUGAUCUACGUCCACGACUUCAACCGUCAGUACGCAGAGUGGCAGAGAGACAACACGUUACUGCGCUCCACUCGCAGCAUCCCCAGCCACCGCUAUAGCCCCGCCCACAGAGCGCCCUGCAGGCCACCGCCCACCGUCACGGCUCACAGUGACGUCAUCGGAGGCUUACUGGGGGGCUGUGAUCUGGUGAAACCUGCUCUCAGCAUGGCCCCUGCUGGAUUGCUCCGCCCGGCUUCCGUAGGCUCGCAGCAGCACUCUGUCGGCCGGUUCACCAGCAUUCUCAUGUCGGCGUCUCCGGCCGGCUCGGCCCGCCGCAGCGUAGACCUGUCCAAGACCGGCAUCAAGAUCCUGGUCCCGAAGAGUCCGAUGAACAGCCGUCUGGACUCGGAGGACUCCCCCAGCGAGGCGGCUCACAGUCUGGAGGCAGGAGCUCAGGACGCUCACCUGGUCCCACCUGAGGUCGCCUUGCUGGAGAAACCCGCAGGGGUCCAGUUGGGACCUGGAGAGGAGAGGGCCCGCAUGGGGACCAGACCCCGCGGUCAAAACCCCCUGCAUCCGCCUCGAGUACCUGUCACACCUGCUGCCAUGCGCUCCCUCAGUGGCACAGGUAACGCAGCGUUGAUGGAGGCUGUCGGUGCCAAUGGGAUGUCAGGUGUGCAGAGUGCUGUUACCGGGGCAACGGGGAAGAGGCGUCUGGAGGAACGUUCUGCUUUCGACAAACGUCUGAGGUUCAGUGUACGUCAAACGGAGAGUGCUUACCGUUACCGGGACAUUGUGGUGAAGAAACAAGAUGGCUUCACUCACAUCCUGCUGUCAACCAAGAGCUCCGAGAACAACACGCUCAAUCCUGAGGUGAUGAAGGAGAUCCAGAGUGCAAUGGCCACAGCAGCAUCAGAUGACAGUAAGCUGGUGUUACUCGGCGCCGUUGGAAGCGUCUUCUGCUGCGGCCUGGACUUCCUGUACUUCAUCAGACGGCUGACAGAGGACAGGAAAAAGGAGAGCAUCAAGAUGGCUGAAACCAUCAGGACCUUCGUCAACACCUUCAUCCAGUUCAGGAAGCCGAUCGUGGCGGCAGUUAAUGGACCUGCGCACGGCCUUGGUGCUGCCAUCCUGCCCCUCUGCGACGUGGUGUGGGCCAAUGAAAAGGCCUGGUUCCAGACGCCAUACGCGUCCUACGGCCAGACGCCAGACGCAUGCUCAUCCUUCACCUUCCCCCGGAUCAUGGGCCUCGCCUCGGCUAACGAGCUGCUUCUGAGUGGCAGGAAGUUGACGGCUCAGGAGGCGUGUUCUAAAGGGUUGGUGUCUCAGGUUCUCUGGCCGGGAACCUUCACACAGGAAGUGAUGCUGCGAGUUAAAGAACUGGUGGCGGUCGACCCACAGGUUCUGCGGGAGUCUAAAGCCCUAAUGAGGAACACCAGUCGCAGUGCUCUGGAACAAGCUAACGAGCGGGAGUGUGAAGCCCUGAAGAGGGUUUGGGGCUCUUUGCAGGGAACCGACUCCAUCCUGCAGUGCCUGCAGAGGAGCACAGAGCUCUGCUAGAACCUGGACCAGGACUUGGCACAGCUCCUCUGACUCAACAGCUCUGAGCUGGACAGGAAACACUGAACGUUCCCUCCUUUUGUUGUAAACAUUUAAGUUAUAAUUUCAGCAGAAUGAUGACGACACAUUUCUGUACCCUCUUGUUGUCCUCCAGUCAGAUGUUUACACACCUGUGGGGUUCCACAGGGUUCCAUCCUGGAUCCUCUGCUGUUGAGCUUUAAAAGCUUUUUGUUAGGUGGUAGCAUCAGGACACAUGGGGUCGACUAUCACAGACUUACAAUAAAAUGGUUUAUGUUUUAAUGUGUGUUGUUCUGCCAGGCCACCAAAGCGGGGCAUUGAGAAGAAGCUGACUAGACCUUCUCAGGGUUCUACAGCUCCUGGGUUUACUGUAUACGGGACCUGUUGAGGAGUUCUGAGUUCUGCUGAAGAAGACAAUGACCCGUUCUAAGCUAGCAGCUCCCCCCUGCUUCCAGUCUUUCUGCUAAGCUAGGCUAACAGUCCCGGGACCUUUGUCUGUACUGGACAGGCAUGAAACUCAAACCUGAGAAUUUAUAACAUGUUGGACUGUUCCUUGAAAUGGAGGUGACCUUUGACCUUGUCCCAGACAUGUCUGAUGGAUUCUGCCAGGAGGAAUAAUCAGGAAACGAGAUAUAAACUAACUCUGACCAUGUUCCUGCGGUGUUUGACAGAUACGAGUCCACAGAGAGGAGACUGAUGCUGCAUUGUGUGGGCGUGGCUUGUGAGUCAUGUGAUCGUACAUCAGCUGACUGAACUGUGAUCCAGAGUACAGGAUGUGAUCCUCAAACAAUUUAUCUUGUGUAAAAUAAACCUCCUCAGUCAA